CUAAAUUGGUGUUAUUUGAAUAUUUAUUUCAUAUUUCAUCCCAUUCUGUAAUGGAUUAAAUAUUUUGUAAACUUUUAUAAAAUAUUUGGUUGUAUAAGGGCAGAUUAUCUGGAUUUGGUCAUUUGAAUUGAUUUCAGAGAUUAUUUACUGUGAUAAGGAAGGCUGAUCACAUCAGGGAAUAAUAAUUAUUUGCUUCCCACCGGAACUACUUUCUAAUGCCUCUCGCAUGUUGGCGGCCAUUGCAGGCCUACGGAUAUUCAAAGCGAAAGAUUAUUGAAGUCUCAUUCGCAUAAAUAGAUCCUUAUUGAUAGGUGAGAGUACAACAUUAAGUAAUUGGAAACUACAAAUAAAGGCAAUGGCACAGUUGCCUAUUCGCUUUCAGGAGCAUCUACAGCUCCAAAAUGUGGGCAUCAAUGCGGCAAACAUUGGGUUUAGUACGCUUACGAUGGAGUCGGACAAGUAUAUCUGCAUACGGGAGAAGGUGGGCGAGCAGGCACAGGUUGUCAUCAUUGACUUGGCCGAUUCGUCAAAUCCGAUCCGACGUCCCAUUUCAGCUGAUUCUGCUGUUAUGAAUCCUGCUAGUAAAGUUAUUGCUUUGAAAGCUGGUAAGACACUUCAGAUUUUCAACAUCGAGAUGAAGAGCAAAAUGAAAGCGCACACCAUGACGGAUGAUGUCACAUUCUGGAAGUGGAUCAAUGUGAACACCAUUGGUAUGGUAACAGACACCGCUGUGUACCAUUGGGGCAUGGAAGGCGACUCGCAGCCGGUCAAGAUGUUUGACAGACACUCCAGUCUAGCUGGCUGUCAGAUUAUUAACUAUAGAACCAAUCAUAACCUCAAGUGGCUCUUGCUUAUUGGCAUAUCUGCACAGCAAAACAGAGUUGUAGGAGCCAUGCAGCUGUAUUCAUCUGAACGUAAAGUCAGUCAGCCAAUAGAAGGUCACGCUGGUUGCUUUGCCGAGUUCAAAUGUGAGGGAAAUGCUGAGCCCUCCACUCUCUUCUCAUUCGCUGUACGAGGGGCUGCUGGUGCCAAGUUGCAUAUCAUUGAAGUAGGAACAGCCCCACAAGGCAACAAGCCAUUUCAGAAGAAAGCUGUAGACGUGUUCUUUCCACCAGAAGCACAAAAUGAUUUCCCCGUUGCAAUGCAGGUGAGCAGUAAACAUGAUGUCAUCUACUUGAUCACAAAGUACGGAUACAUCCACUUGUAUGACUUAGAAACUGGUACUUGUAUCUACAUGAACCGAAUCAGCGGUGAAACAAUCUUCGUCACCGCCCCUCAUGAGCCAACCUCCGGUAUCAUUGGCGUCAACAGGAAAGGCCAGGUGCUGUCGGUCUGUGUGGAAGAGGACAAUAUUGUACCGUAUAUCACGAACACAUUGCAGAAUGCCGAGCUGGCUUUACGCAUGGCUGUACGUAACAACCUUGGUGGCGCUGAUGAGCUGUUUGUCCGUAGAUUCAACACCCUCUUUGCUCAGGGCAAGUUUUCGGAUGCUGCCAAAGUUGCCGCCAAUGCACCCAAGGGAAUAUUGAGAACUCCUCAGACUAUUCAACGAUUCCAGCAGGUACCAGCCCAACCAGGUCAGACAUCGCCACUUCUGCAAUACUUUGGCAUCUUGCUGGACCAAGGCCAGCUAAACAAGUUUGAAUCACUUGAACUGUGCAGACCUGUGCUCCAGCAAGGGCGUAAACAACUCCUUGAAAAAUGGCUUAAAGAGGAUAAGUUGGAAUGCAGUGAGGAACUUGGAGAUUUGGUGAAGACUGGUGAUCCUACACUUGCGUUGUCUGUCUACCUGAGAGCUAAUGUUCCCAACAAAGUGAUCCAAUGUUUUGCCGAGACUGGUCAGUUCCAAAAGAUCGUAUUAUAUGCCAAGAAAGUUGGCUUCACUCCGGAUUACAUCUUCCUGCUUCGUCAAGUGAUGCGCGUCAAUCCAGAGCAGGGCGUCCAAUUUGGACAGAUGCUGGUCCAAGAUGAGGAACCAUUGGCUGAUCUCAAUCAAAUCGUUGAUGUUUUCAUGGAGCAGAACCUGAUCCAGCAGUGUACCUCAUUCCUCUUGGAUGCCCUCAAGAACAAUCGCCCCUCAGAGGGUCACCUUCAGACUAGGCUACUAGAGAUGAAUCUAAUGUCUGCCCCUCAGGUCGCUGAUGCUAUUUUAGGAAAUCAGAUGUUUACUCACUAUGAUCGGGCCCAUGUGGCUCAGCUAUGUGAGAAAGCUGGACUUUUGCAAAGGGCUCUUGAACAUUACACCGAUCUGUAUGACAUUAAACGUGCUGUUGUACAUACUCAUCUGUUGAAUCCUGAAUGGUUGGUCAACUACUUCGGUUCGCUGUCGGUUGAGGACUCGAUUGAAUGCUUAAAGGCCAUGCUGACGGCCAACAUCCGUCAGAAUCUCCAGAUCUGUGUGCAAGUGGCUACCAAAUACCACGAGCAGCUCGGAACAAACUCCCUCAUCGACCUGUUUGAGUCAUUCAAGAGCUUUGAGGGUCUGUUUUACUUUUUGGGAUCUAUUGUCAACUUCAGCCAAGAAGCCGAUGUCCAUUUGAAGUACAUUCAGUCUGCAUGCAAAACUGGCCAGAUAAAGGAAGUAGAACGCAUUUGUCGCGAGAGCAACUGCUAUGACCCAGAACGCGUCAAGAAUUUCCUGAAAGAAGCUAAACUGACAGAUCAGCUGCCAUUGAUCAUCGUCUGCGAUCGAUUUGACUUUGUCCACGACCUUGUCCUUUAUCUAUACCACAACAAUCUACAAAAAUACAUUGAAAUUUAUGUACAAAAGGUAAAUCCAUCUCGUUUACCUGUUGUCAUUGGCGGCUUGUUAGAUGUAGACUGCGCAGAAGAUAUCAUAAAGAGUUUGAUUAUGGUGGUGCGAGGGCAGUUCUCAACCGACGAACUUGUGGAAGAAGUUGAAAAGCGGAACAGACUUAAACUUCUCCUACCAUGGCUGGAGACACGCAUUCAUGAAGGCAGUGUAGAGCCAGCAACUCACAAUGCCUUGGCCAAGAUCUACAUUGACAGUAACAAUAAUCCAGAAAGAUUUUUAAAAGAGAAUCAACAUUAUGAUAGUCGAGUUGUUGGUAGAUACUGCGAGAAACGCGAUCCUCAUUUGGCAUGUGUAGCAUAUGAGCGUGGCCAGUGUGACAUGGAACUCAUCAAAGUAUGUAACGAGAAUUCCCUGUUCAAAAGCGAGAGUCGUUAUCUUGUACACAGACGAGACCUGGAACUGUGGGCUGAAGUUUUGAACCCAGAAAACCAAUACCGACGGCAGUUAAUUGAUCAGGUGGUUCAGACGGCUCUGUCAGAGACUCAAGAUCCUGAUGACAUCAGUGUGACAGUGAAAGCUUUCAUGACCGCAGACUUGCCAAAUGAGCUCAUCGAACUCCUAGAAAAAAUAGUACUGGAGAACUCGGUCUUCAGUGACCAUAGAAAUCUCCAAAAUCUGUUGAUAUUAACAGCAAUUAAGGCAGAUCGUACCCGUGUUAUGGAGUACAUUAAUCGCCUUGACAACUACGAUGCACCAGACAUCGCAAAUAUUGCCAUAGGCAGUGAACUCUAUGAAGAAGCCUUUGCUAUAUUUAAGAAAUUUGAAGUUAACACAUCAGCUAUACAGGUACUCAUUGAGCAUGUCAAUAACUUGGACAGAGCCUACGAGUUUGCCGAACGAUGCAACGAGAAUGCAGUGUGGAGUCAAUUAGCCCGCGCUCAGCUGAACGCAGGCAUGGUAAAAGAGGCUGUCGACUCGUACAUCAAGGCUGAUGAUCCAUCUACCUACACCGAGGUUGUUGAUGCUGCUCAACAGCAUGACAACUGGGAAGACUUGGUACGCUACCUUCAAAUGGCUCGUAAGAAGGCCAGAGAUGUGUUUGUAGAAACUGAGUUGGUAUUUGCCUACGCCAAAACCAAUAGACUCGCUGACUUAGAGGAAUUUAUAUCUGGACCUAAUCAUGCUCAAAUACAACAGGUUGGUGAUAGGUGCUACAAUGAGAAGAUGUUUGAAGCAGCAAAGCUGCUGUAUAACAAUGUGUCCAACUUUGCCCGUCUGGCUUCCACCUUGGUGCACUUGGGCGAGUACCAGGCCGCCGUAGAUGGUGCCAGAAAAGCAAAUAGUACACGUACAUGGAAAGAGGUCUGCUUUGCUUGCGUUGAUGGCGAAGAAUUCAGACUGGCCCAGAUGUGUGGCCUACACAUUGUAGUACAUGCUGAUGAACUAGAAGAACUCAUUAAUUACUACCAAGAUAGAGGUUACUUUGAGGAGCUGAUCUCACUAUUAGAGGCAGCCCUCGGCUUGGAGCGUGCUCACAUGGGUAUGUUUACAGAACUCGCUAUACUCUACUCCAAGUACAAACCAUCCAAGAUGAGAGAGCAUUUAGAACUCUUCUGGUCUAGAGUUAACAUUCCAAAGGUUUUGCGAGCUGCAGAAUAUGCUCAUUUGUGGGCGGAACUUGUGUUCCUGUACGAUAAAUAUGAAGAAUAUGAUAAUGCGAUACUAACAAUGAUGAACCAUCCAACGGAUGCAUGGAGAGAAAGCCACUUUAAAGAUAUCAUCACAAAGGUAGCAAAUAUUGAAUUAUACUACAAAGCAAUUCAUUUCUACUUGGACUAUAAACCGAUGUUACUUAACGACCUCCUUGUUGUGCUAAUUCCACGUAUGGACCACACACGUGCAGUUGGUCUCUUUACAAAAGUUAACCAGCUGACUCUAGCUAAGCCAUACCUUCGGCAAGUACAGAACCACAACAACAAGGCCAUCAACGAUGCCCUUAACAAUCUGCUUAUUGAUGAGGAAGAUUACGAAGGUCUCAGGGCUUCCAUAGAUGCAUUUGACAACUUUGAUAACAUCGCCCUCGCGCAGAAAUUAGAAAAACAUGAGCUAAUUGAGUUCAGGCGAAUCGCCGCUUACUUAUAUAAACGCAAUAACCGUUGGAAGCAAUCCGUAGAAUUGUGCAAGAAAGAUAGACUUUUCAAGGAUGCCAUGCAGUAUGCCCAGGAGUCGCGUGACCAAGACAUCUCAGAGGAGUUGAUUGCUUGGUUCCUGGAAGGCAAAAACUACGAGUGCUUUGCCGCAAGUCUCUUUAACUGUUAUGAUCUUCUACGACCAGAUGUCAUACUGGAACUCGCAUGGAGGCACAACAUCAUGGACUUUGCAAUGCCAUACAUGGUGCAAGUAAUGAGAGAAUAUUUGACCAAGGUGGAUAAAUUAGCAGAAUCUGAAUCACAGCGAAAAGAAGAUGAACAAGCUCAAGAAACACAACCUAUUGUAUAUGGUGAUUCUCAAUUGAUGAUAACAGCAGGUCCGGCUAUGGGAAUGCCGCCAGCUGGUAUGGCAAUGCCACCGGGUGGUAUGGCAAUGCCACCGGGUGGUAUGGCAAUGCCACCAGGUGGCAUGCCACCUCCAGCUGGCUACUACGGAAUUUAAUGUUGGAAGAUAUAAUAUGAAAGAAUAAGGAGUGGAUGUACAUGUAGACAGGUAUACAAGGCUGAGCUUACAGAAAGGAUGAUUGAAUUAGUGAAGAACCUCGUAUAGUGGUGGAACCCCAUGUAAAUGAUUAUAAAAUCUAGAUAUAAAACAUUUGUCUUUAGGGGAUCAUGCACGUUUUCUACUACUAUUCUACUACCCCCCGAUUAUUGUAAUUAUAAAACUGUAAUUUUUUCCCUUUACUUUUUCAUUUAAACAUUUUGAAAUGGGGUGGGUAAUUUUAAACUACACGUAUGUUUUACUGGUUAAACCUAAGGAAAUGUAAUUGUUUACAUCAAAUACAUGAGAGUCUACGCUUAGGUGUUUUUAUGAGAAUUUGACCCGAUUUUUUUGCACAUUUCAUAACCCCUGGUGCACCAGCUAUUAGGUUUUACUACUGUUCUGUUAGUUUUGGUCACAGUUUUUAUUCAUUGUUUAAUAUAAACAAGAUGAUGAUACUAUCCUAUUAUAAUUAUAUGAAUAUUGAGAAGUUUUAUUCCAAAAGGCAUGAUAUUAUUAUGUUAUGUAUAGAUUUAUAUGCUGGUGGGAUGUGAUUUCCCCAGGAAAGGUGAUGGUUAGGUCAGGAUUAUAAAAUGUUUAUAUGAAUGAAUUGAAGAUCUUAAUCAAAGUUAGGAAAUAAUGUUGAAUGUGAACAGAGAUUGUCUGUGCAGUGUAAUGUUAAAUUAGGUCAAUAUAACGAAAUGAACCUGCAAUUAUAUUGAUUAUACUGAUAAUGAUAUUGUUUCUUUUCCGAAGUAAAAAACCGCGAUACAAUUAUAUGAUAUAUUUAGAAUCGGUUUGAGCAACUUAAGAUAGUUACCCUACAUAUUUCUAUUAUAUUUUGCACUCUGGUUUUUGGAUAAUUUUUAAAAGAAUUUAUCCGGAUGCAUAUCCUCCUGUAGUAAUGCUCAAACAUGAAAAAAAAAAGGCAAAAACAAUAUUAGUGGGGGAACACCCCAAACUAAAAAAAAAAAAAGAGAAACGUAUUUGUAAUAGCAAUUGAGUCUGUAGCGGAGAGAUGUUGCUUUAUAUAGUUGAAUUGUCAGUUAUAUUGUAUUCAUGUAGUGUUAUGGCCUUUGUACUGUAUCAAUGUGUAUUUUGAUUGAAUCAGCUAUAUGGGCUGCAGUUAAUCACCAUGUAUUAGUAGAUUUAUUUAGAUAAACGUAUAUUGGCUUUUAGUUCAAUAGGAUGAUGGCAAAUGCUACUCUCUAUUCUUGUUUAAUGGUACAAUUUUCCAACAAAUUAUAAAAACAAAUCUAAGUAAAAUGUGAUGUAUUUGACAAUUCAACCCAAAGUCGUGAAAAUAAUAAUUAAAAAACCAUGGGCCAACCAUAUAAA